ACCCAAAGAAGACAAUAUCUUAUAGCGAUGGGCUUGAACCGUUACAUAUGGGAUCUUCUUACUCCAAUCAAAUCCCUUCAUUAGAGCUCAUUUUGAACUAGAACUCACAGAUUGUCAAAGUCGAUGCCUUUAUGACUUUUACCAGAAGGAUUCUUAGCACAAACUUCUGAAAAACUAUUGCUUGUUUUCUCAAGAUAAGCUUUAGAAAGAAUCUUUCUUUAUGACUUUUCUUUGGCUGAAUUUUUUCUAGCAUCUAGCAAUGGAAGACAAAGUGCAAGUGGAAUAACUCCCAGAGCCCUCUCUCUUUCUAUUGGCUAAACUAAACUAACAGUGCGUGAACUAUUUGUUGUGAUUUGAAACAAGCAACCACAACUUAAAGCAAUUAGUAUUCUUUUUCAAACCUUGAAUAUGAGAAGCAGUCAAUCAUUUGCCAAACCCUGUUGAAAACAUAGCCAGGCUGGCUGUUUAGAGCCUCAUAAAUUGCAGGAAGACGAACGAAUAAUCAUCGUUUUGCUACAAUUGGAAAGAAGAUGAUUCCCCUAGUUAGCAAAUUCUACUGUUCGUCUUCCGAGGUUGUGUUUGUCGUUAGGACGAGACCACACGUCAUUAAUGGAGGAGGUUUUGUUGUGACAGAUUGUAAUCAGAAAGUUGUUUUCAGUGUUGAUGGGUGUGGGAUUCUGGGAAAAGAAGAGGAGCUGGUUGUGAGGGAUGAGAAGAGGGAUGCUUUGCUUUUACUCCGUGGGAAGGGAGGGAUUUUUGAGGCUCUAAGCUUUCAUAAGAUAUGGAAAGCUUACAAAUAUGACUUCCAAGGAUCUAAAAAGCUGGUUUUCAGCUUGAGAAGACCCAAGUCAUGUCUUCCUGUGAAAAACGAUGUUGGAAUCAGAAUAACAACAAAACCAAAGGUUAGCAGAAAAGAUUGGGACUUCGAGGUCAGUGGAUAUUUCCCAGAUAGAAGAUGCAGCAUCAUUGAUUCUCAAGGCAAUGCAGUAGCUCAGAUCGGAACGAUUAAAAAGACUGGAGAGCAGUUGAGCAAGGAUAUCUAUUAUGUUUCAAUAAAACCUGGAGUCGAUCAGGCCUUUAUUGUUGGAGUUGUUGCCAUUCUCGACAACAUCUAUGGUGAAUCAACCAGCUGCUGAAUUUUUAAGAAAGGGGACGAUGGCAAUUGCUCGUCGCCCUUCCAUCGAAUUGUGAUUGAACUGUAGAUUUGUGGCGGGACUCCAUUUCGUUCGUCACCAUGAACUGGAUCUGCAUAUUUUGUUAACAGCAAUGUAUUCUUUUAGCUUUUAUAGCAUUUGUCCUGUAAAUGUAAUUGAACUAUUUACCUUCUCCACUGC